CAAGGAGAGAAAACACACUUUAACAGCGUCACUGUAUGAGUUUUAUGUAAAUACAUAAUUUAAGAUGGAAACCAUAAUUGUCAUCCAGCUCCAUUGGCCCUAAUAUCAAGAUUGGAAGUUGAAGACUUUGUUUGGGAUUGAAAGUAACCUACCCUUUAAACCAUGGCUUGUAUACAUUUCAAGUUCAAGAACAGUCUUGACUACGACUCUGUGACCUUUGAUGGACUCCACAUUUCCCUUGGGGACCUGAAGAAGGCCAUUAUGCAGAGGAAAAAGCUUAAGGACACUGAUGUGGAUCUUCAUAUUGUCAAUGCCAUUACCAAGAAAGCAUACCAGGAGACAGAGGAGAUGAUUCCGAAGAAUACGUCGGUGAUUGUAGCUAGAAUGCCUUUAGCCAAUGCUGUUAAGCCAAGUGGACCGAAGACAUUAAAUGCAUACCCCAAGGAUGAACCAAGAUCAAAACCAGUCGCACCAAUGCCAGAAGUUGGAGCCCAAGAAUGGAAAAACGAGACUGUAGACCUGGUCAACGCUAAUAUCUCAGAGGAAGAUAAGAUAAAAGCAAUGAUGUACCAAGCUAGUAAAGACUUCGAUCCAGCAAACUAUAUGAAGUCCAAGUAUCCUGCUGGAAAGCCGUCCACUUCCUACCUCUGCUUCAAGUGUGGCAAGCCUGGACACUAUAUACAUAACUGUCCAAACAAACCGGAAAAUGAUCUGGAUGACAUCACUGGUAAACAACAGGAAGUUGUCAACCCAAAUAGAGUCAAACGCUCCACAGGGAUUCCUACAAGUUUUCUUACCCCUUGUGAUGACAAGAAUUCUCCUGGGGCUCUCCUUAUGUCAUCAGGACAGUAUGCCGUCCCGAUUAUUGACAAGGAGGCUUUCCAAAAGGGGAAGAAGGAAAGACCACCAUUCAUGCCAACCCCAUCAGUUGAAAAACAGGAAGUCUCUCCUGUACCUAACGAGCUCAUUUGCCCUCUAUGUCGUGACCUUUUAAGGGAAGCUGUGGUGAUUCCCUGCUGUGGAAACAGCUAUUGUGAUGAAUGUAUCCGUGAUGCCCUGCUUGAGGAUGACAAUCACUGCUGUCCAUCUUGCCAUGAGAUGGACUCGUCACCAGAUAGGCUCAUUGCUAAUAAUUCCCUGCGGACGGCCGUCACUAAUUUCCUGAAUGAGACAGGAUACACAACUGUGAAAAGGAGACACAUGGAAGCUAAAAUGGAACAGAUGAAGCAACAACAACAACGAGAACAUCAUCUUCAAGAACAAGCUAAGCAACAACAACUCCAAAAGAAGAGGCAAGAGGAGCAACAAGCAACCAAACCAAGGUCAAGGAUGGACUCUCCACCUCCUCCACCUCCACCCCGAACAACGACCACUGCUCGUAUCAGUGUGAAAACAUCAUCAGUACCAGAGGUUACCAUUAACUCCAGUAAGCCUGUCACUCCAACAACAUCAACACCAGUCAAGGAUGAGAGAGAACCACAUUGGCCAGUUGAUGAGCAGCCCAAGACUGUGCCUGUGAUUGGACAAAAGGUUCCGAGUAAGCCAAACCGAAACACUCCACCACCAGCUACUGAACCCAUAUCUGUACAUGCCUCUGGAGCAUCCCCUCAUAACAAAGGACCCCUACAGGAAUCAGAAGGCGGGCUUCACCCGAGUAUUCCGACAGCUCCUAGCUUCAGACAUCCUGCCAUGCAAAAUGGACCUGUCAGACAUCCUCCAGCUUUCCCACCUCCAGGUGUUACACCUUCAACAGUGCCAGUACUAAAUACAGCCUUACCUCCACCACGUUUACCCAUGCCUGGAGGAAUGCCAUUUCCUCCUCACCCUGGGGUACCAGGGGGUGCACCACUGCCAUUUCCACCCCCUAGAGUUCCAUACCCUUUACCUAUGGGAGGUCCACAGCCAAUGACCAAAGAGGAAUUUUACAGAACCAAACAGGAAAUGUUGAGAGACGAUUUGAAUCCAGAGGUCAUGGUUGACUACCGCCUUAAGAUGAUGGAGUAUAAACUCGAUCAGAGAAAGCGACGCUCCCGAUCAAGAUCGCUGUCUCCUAGAAGGUCACUCUCAAGAAACAGAAGUCGAAGUCGAUCGAGGUACAGAUCAAGAACCCCACCUUUACGAAGACGCACACGAUCCAGAACACGCACUAGAACUAGAUCAAGAACCCGUUCUAGAUCCCGUUCACGACUAAAGUAUUCACGCAGUCCAGCCCCUCGUCGUAUUCGAUCAAGAUCUCGUUCAAGAUCAAGAUCCAGAUCAAGAUUGAGGUCAAGAUCGCGAUCAAGGUCACGUUCCAUCUCCAAACCAAGACGACUUAGAUCCCGUACAAGAUCCCGGACACGAUCUAGGUCAAGAUACCGUUCCAAGACCCCACCUAGAUAUCGGACACGAAGUAGGUCAAGGUCACGAUCAAGACCACCUCCAAAAUAUCGAACAAGGUCAAGAAGUCUAACACCAAGACGAAGGUCUCGUUCACGUUCAAGAUCACCUCUACCAAGGUACAGUUGGUCUCGAUCACGAUCUCGCAGCCCUAGAUACAGACGUAACUCUCCAGGUUACCUCCCUCCCAGAAGGUCAAGGUCACCACUCCCUCGCUAUCAACGAUCUCCACCACCAUAUUACAGGGAUGACUAUUAUCGGCCACCUGGAAACUGGUCCCCGCCCCCCAAAGGCUACAGAUCUCCACCCCAGGGAAGACAAACUUUCUCUCCACCAAGAUUCCCUGGUCCACCACCACCUUACUACGGUCAGAGGCCAGAUGAUCAUUACAGAGCCUAUGAACAGUACUACACAGAUUAUUAUGGCUACCCACCACCACUCCCACCCCCAGGGCCAGGGCAGUAUGACAUUCCCUAUUACGGCAAGCAACAGUACAGACCAAGAUCAAAGUCACCCAGGGGCCGUAUGGAAUCAAGAGGCAGAUCCCCCAGGGGUAGGGGUCAGGGGAGAGGACAGUUAGAUAGACCAAAAUGGGACAACAAUAAACCACUCAAUAAACCUGGCAAGAAUGAGAGCAAGCAAGAAAAUAAGAAUAAAGAUGAAAAGGAAGAUAAAAAGAAAGAGCAGAAAAAAUCUCAAGACAAAUCUAAAACAUACAAGGAGCAAGAGGAUAAAAAAGUCAAAAAUAAAAGUGUCGACCCAAAGAAAGAAAAACCAGUCAAGGCCAAAAAAAUAAAGGAGAUUGGACAGAAAAUAGAGGUGGUGACAGGUGUGAAAAAAUCGUCUGGAGUAGGCUUAACAACAAUGUCAAAGAAAUCCAUUCAAGGUAAGACUGUCGGAGAUGGGGUGAAAAAAUCAAAGCCAGAAAGGAGUGAUGAAAAACUGAACAAAAAAACUCAGCGAGAAAAACAUUCUGACACAGUGAGUGAAAAAUCUGAUAUAGAAAAGAGAGAGACAGCUGUGAAAAAAAUGCAGAGGGACACUAUUGAGGAUAGGGAAAAAGUGAAAUCUUCAACUCAAGAACCACCAAUUAGUAAAGAAAAUAAAGUGCCUGCAAAGAAAAAAAUCAAAGACAGACAGAAGGAUAAAAAUGACGAGGAUGUAAAAGAAGAGGUGAGAAAUGUUUCAACACAAAAAACAUUUAAAAAGGCACAGGUGAAACAGGAACCCAAAGAUGAUUCAGAUGCUGAAAAUCCAGCUGAAAAGGUAAAAAAAGUGAGAGAAAGGUUUUAUGAGGAUGAUGAUGAACUGCGGAAAAAGAUAAGAAAGGAAAAAUUUAAAGACUUCAAAGAGAAAGAGACGGGCAAUCAAGAUCAGCUAAAACAAGUUAAGAAGGAAAAAUCUUAUGCUCAUGAUGAACUUCAAAAGGAAAGGCCUCUUUUAAAAAGAUUGAAAGCAAAAAACUCUGAGUCUGAUGCUACGCAAAGCGAUUCUGCUCCAGAAAGUGAAAAGAUCCGUCGUAAAAUGAAAACAAAACGAGUAUCAGAGAUAGAGAAAAACGGCAAUGAAGAUGCAGAGGACGAUGAGAGCCCAGCCAAGAGGCAAAGGAGGGAUUAUGAACAGGAGAUGGAUUAUGAGAAACCAAGCAGAUCUGAAAAACAGAGACAUAAACAAGUUCAGGAAAACAGGCUUAUAUCUAAGUUGGAGGGUAGGAAAUCUCGAACUUCACAGGAGAAAUCUUCAGAACGGAAAUCGUCAGUGCCCAGAGAGGAAGGGUCAAGAUCCCCUAAAGAAAGUAAGAAAUCUCGAAGGGCUUGGGACAGUCAGUUGGAUGAAACAACAGGACUGAAAUCCCAGGGAUCUCGUAAAGAUCAUCAGAUAUCCAAACUUGAAAGUGUCAAGUCUCGUAUGUCACGAGAUGACUUUUCUGGCCCAAAGUCAGUUGUUGAAAGUAAACUGCGGGUGUCGAGAGAUGAUGAACUCAUGCUGUCACCCCCAGAACUCUCUAAGUGGGAGAGAGAUGACUUCUCCAGUGAUCACUCCCCUGAACCACGCAGAAAACACAAAUAUCAACAUGAGAAACAGUCACUUCCCAGGUCAGUUAUAGAAAGUGCUGAAAAGGCCAUUUCACAAAAGCAGGUGAAGAGCACAGUUGCAUCAGCUGUGGUGCUAUCACCACCUAACAAAAACUCACGACGAGUGUUUGUAGAUAGAGACAGGGAGGAGGGAGCCUCGCGCAGUAAGGAGAGGGACAGCAGUCGACGCGAUGACAGCAAACAUGACGAUAGCCGGCGUGAUGACAGAAAAGUUUUGAACAGGCAGAGGUCUAUGCAGAUCACUAUAUCUGCACCGGACAAACGCAAGUUCUCAGAAUCGGAAGAUUUACGAGAAAAAUUGUCAAGUUCUGAGGACUUGAGAGAAAAACCCCAUGAGGAUCUGCGAGAGAAACUUUCUAAUAGGAAAGCCAGACUUAAGGAAGAUAAGGAGGGAACAAUGAGAUCCUACAAGGAUGAUUCACAUAGGGAUGAAAGUGUAUCUGGUGGAGGGAAGAGUAGCAAGCACCGUGAGGACAGGAGAGACACUGAACGCUCCUCUAUUGAGGACAAAGUCUCUCAUAAAGAUUCAGACAGUAAGAAACAUGUCAGUUCUAAGUCUAAUUCCUCUGCUAGUCAGAAGGUUUCAAAAGAGAAAACACCCAAACUGGAUGUUAAGAAAGAAGAAAUUAAGCCAGAUGAAGUGGCUAAAAUCAAAUACCGAAAGGAAUCAUUGAUUGACGAGGCUACAUUUGAGCCUGAUUAUAAUGAGGAAAGUUCAGCAGAGGAGGAAGCAGAGGAAGGUGACAUAGCUAAAACAAGUUCUGCAGAGGAAGGAGAAGCUGAUGACGAUGAGGAGGAUGAGGAGGAAGAAGAGGAUGAGGACAGUGAUAAAAAAUCGAAAAAACACAAACACAAGAAAGGUAAACACAAAAAGAAUAAAAAACAUAAACAUAAACAUAAAAAAAAGAAACACAAAAAGAACAAGGAGGAGAAAGAAUCCAAAGAGUGAAUGUGGAGGGCACAGAUUUCUGAUAUUAGGGGUGAUUUUUGUGAUGACUGUAUGUAUCAUUGCUAGUGCUUUGAAUAUAUAGGCCUGACCAAGUCUAAUUUUUAUUUAUAGAGUUCGUGGUCUAUUGAUUGUGUUAGAAAAUAAUCAGACAUGAAAAAAAAAUUAUAUGUAAUGUUUACUUUUAUGCUGAAUUUCAUUUGACAAGAGGCUGGGUAAUCAUUUUUGGGCAUUAUUUUGAAAGUAUAUUUUCCUUAUUUCAAAAUGUUUGAUUUCUUGAUUUUUUUUUUUUUUUUUUCUACUCAUUAUAUACUAAGUUACAAUGCAUUUCAUUGGUGAACAUGUCAUGAAAACUUCAUACAUGAAAGAAUGAAAUUAAAACUUAAAUACAUGUGUUCUCUAAAAAUCCAGGAACAAAAAAAAAAAAUGAAUUGGUUUGGUUUUCAUAUGUAUAUUUUGUUAUAAAUAGACAUGUUGUAGAUAAGGGAAAAGUUCAAAACUCAAUAUGGUGUGUUGAAGCAAAUUGGCAUUAAAGGGUGAUACACAAGUUAUGCUUCUGCUAGUAUUAGCAUUGAUUAUCAUGUUCCAGUAUGUGUGUAGCAAACUAGUCCAAGAAAUAAAUGUUUUGUGUCUUAGUAUGUUGAAUGAAAGAAUCGAGGGAUUGGGAUGGAGGAUAUUGUGUGCCAUUCAUAUGUCUGUCUAAAGAAAAUUUUGAUGUAAACAUUGCAGGGUUAUCAGCAUCAUUUUCAAGCCUUGUUGACAUUUUCAGUCAACUUAUUUUUAUCAAUGGAACAAAUUACUAUAGUAACUAAUUGCCACAAGAUAACUUCAAGCAUUGUUACUGUUGACAAUGUCUGUCUAGUAACCAUGUUUUUUUUCUCAUUAGACAUAUAUCUGUAAUGUAAAGAGACAAACUAUGACAUUGCUGCUUUAAAAGUGCUAUUUUUUGAACCUCCAAUAGUGUAAAUUAAAUCAUGGUCUGCUCUCUGUAUUUUCCAUGGUUUAUAUUUUUUCUCUGAAGACCCUACAGGUCAGCUUGGUGAUCGAGUAGGCAGUUAACAAGAAAUGAUCUUUUUAAUUCUAGUGAUGUAGCUCGAAGAGAUUGCCAAAUUUUCUCAGUUGUUUUUACUACUUUAGGAGACUUUUCCUAUAAUGUUCACAUGCCUAAAUGCCAGGAGCUUUCACUGGAAAUUUCACAACGGAAUCUGGUCUCACAAUAUUUUAGAAACAAAUUUCUGUAUAAACAUGUAUUUUUGAUAAGAAGACCAGUGACGUAUUCCCUAUUUUUCUUAAUAUUUUAAUUUUCAUAAGAAGUAUUUUUCCAGAGUUUUCUUUUAAUAAUUUGCAAUGGACACCAGAGUUUGAUAAUGUUUGGAUUGUAGCCGCAAUAAGGAGGAAGUAAGUGAGGGAUUAUUUUCUUCUUCAGUUUAGUGUAUAAUGAUAUAUAAUGCAGUAAUGCUUUGGGCAUUUGUUGCCAACUUGAACAGUACUGUCACAUCAUUCUCACUGACUGUUACUGGGUAUAUUGAUAAAGGCCUACCUUCCUAGUGGCUUUAUUUCUGUUCAUUUUGCAUUGAUAGGAAACACCAAGUGUCACUCACCAGAAGUAGGUUAUGGUAACCUAUAUCUUGAUCUCUGAUGUUAAUUAAAGCAAUAAUAAUUUCUUAUUGUUUAUUAGGACACACACAAUAUUAUUAAAUAUCGACUGGAAUGGCACAUUUCAAAAUCCAUCAUUUUGGACUGUAAGCAUGAAAGCAUUUAUUUCAUUAGAUAUUUAACUUUUUUGUGUUAGUUCUAAGUUUUACCUAAAGUUUUGUUUAGUAAAAGAACAUUAAUGAAAUAAUCCUUCUAUUACUAAAAUUUUCUAGAUGAAUACCUUUUUUUUUUCUUUUUUGAUUUUAUUUCUUUCCUGAACUACAAGUUUACAUGAUAUAUUGUGAUAAUGAUUAAACAGAAUGCUAGAACUACCUGUUAAGUAUCACAGUAAUUUGGUUAUGCCGUUUGAGAAUUUCCCUCCAAAAUGUGCAAAUUGAGCGGUCACAUGAAAGUACAGGUGACGGUGACCCAGACACUAGAAAAAUAUUAAUUAGUCGUAAGAAACAGGUUGCAUGACAGUGUACAAUCUAAAUGUCAGCUAAUUAUACUACAUGUUCAUUACUAUAGCAGAGUAAGUAUCAAACUCUAGAACUUCUUAUGUUUGUUUAAUAAAACAACAGAUUCCUGCAGUUUUUAUAUUGUUCAACAGAAAGUGCUGACAGAUUCAUGACUGCUGAUUGUACCAAGUCCUUAUAAAAAUUCUGACAAAAAAAAUAUCAAAAUUUUGGUGCAUUACGAAACUUUUGGUCAAUCAUGUCUGCAUUUUUUGCGCACAUUUUUAUUGUUACAUGAAAUUUGAUUGAAAUUUUGUGAGAGUGAGAUGCUGGUCAUUUGAGAAUGUUUUUUGCUGAAAGUGUGAGUGAGUAAGACAUCUGUGAGUGUAUGUUCUGUUGGAUAGAGCAGAUUAGUGUGACAUGCAAUUUGUAAAUAUGUGCAAUUGUAGAAGUACAGUUUUGUGAAUAAAAGUAAUUAAAAUCA